UCCGAAAUCUGCCAACGAAAACAGUCGCUAAACGUCGUUCAACAUCCCGGACCACAGCCUCUCGUCGUCGCAUCGACGCCCACGCAGUCGAUCGGCAACCACGACGCGUUCUCCAACGAUCUUUCAGCCCACUAGCGAGCCCGAGCUUCUCUGGUUCCAGGUGGCGUACCGGUGCUCACCUGCCAGCACAUAAUUUUUACCUGCGACCCUCCACCGGAUCGGGGACCAGCCCGACCAAUCGGCGCGCCCGACCCUGGGGCCCCACGCUCGGCGUUCGUUCUAUCUUUCAAGAAAAGAAUAAGCCAUAAUAUGGAGAUCUCAGCAGCUUGGCUGCUGACCAUCUUCUUGGCAGUUGCUACUCUCACAACCGAUGCAUUAACUAUUUCGCCACUCGCUACAGAAGUCGGUUCAGAGAAUAAAACGACUGUUGAAUCUGCGAAAACUACACCGAGAAACAACUUUAUAGAUUAUGCGAGACCCUUUACGAAUGUGAAGGACAUACUGAUGCAAGAGAUCCAGACUUUAGACAAAGAUGCUACCGACGCUAAGAUUCAAGAAGAGGUGGCGAAGACUUUCAAGGCUGAAGCGCAAAGGGACAGCACAAACAUCCGAAAGACGACCUCUAAACCGAUCAAACUAAAUGUAUCAAAUUCGCUUCUGAAGGAAGAAGAGGAAUUGAAGAAACUCGAAGCUAUGCCCUACGAGGACGACGAUGAGGCAAACUUCGAUGAUGACGAUUUCGGCGAAGAAUACGAGGACGACGACCUGCCGGUGGAAGAUGAUGAAGAAGUUAUGACACAGUGCCCUGAUUACUGUAAAUGCGCCGGGCAAUAUGCCGCUGCAACAACUGCAACAUGCACCAAACUGGUAAAUGAGCAGUCCUUUGGAUCAAGUAUUGCUCAUUUGCGCAUCGAAAACGCCGGCGAAAUACGACUGGGACCGAACGCUCUGCGGGCUCGCGGUCUUCAACAUGUGGAAUCCAUCACCAUUGUCGACACACGCAUAGUCGAGCUAGAUCGCACGGCCUUCAAUGGCAUCACGUACCUGUUCGCCGUGAACUUGACACGCAAUGGUUUGCAGGACAUCCACCCGAACACCUUCCAGAACAACACGCAACUCAGCCUGCUCACGAUUGCUGGUAAUCCGCUUAAGCACAUGCAUGACUCUAAGUCGAAGCAUUAUCUGUUGCACGCACCCUCGGUCACCGAUUUCGAUUUUUCAAACAAUGGAAUAUUACGGCUGAAACGCACCGCGUUCUCCAAAAUGCACAGCCUCAAUUUCAUCAAUUUACGUGGCAACCGGCUAAGAGAGAUCGACAGCACGAUCUUUGACUCGUUAGACCAGCUUAUGGAAGUGGACCUUUCGGAUAAUAUCCUGGAUGAAAUCCCGAUCGAUCUAUUUGUUGAUAAAUAUGUUCAAAUUGUUCGUGUCGCUGGAAAUAAUCUAUCAACGUUGGCCACCAUAAGUUCCUCGAAACUGACGAUGCUCGAUGCUUCGAAAAAUAAGAUCAGAGUAAUUGGUAAAGAUGAUCUAGAAGGCGUACCAUUAUUAGAUCAACUAUAUGUCAAAUCGAAUAAUUUGAAGAGAAUCCAUCAGCAUGCUUUCAGCAAUCUCGAGCAAUUACAAUAUUUGGAUAUCAGCGAUAAUAAGCUUUCCUUAUUAACUGAGCAUCAUUUCAAAUCCAAUCCAAGACUACAGGUUCUGCUGAUGAACGACAACCCCGGUUUGCAAGUUCUGCCAGUUUUUAAAACUUACGACUUGCAAUUUAAUACAUUCAGCAUUACCCGUUUCGAGUGCGCAAAUUGUGGUCUGGAUAGCCUCAAGCCUGGCACAUUUGACGAAAUGCCGGCGUUGACUCGGUUAAAGCUAGCAAAGAAUCGUCUAUCCGCCUUGCCCGAUGGAUUCCUGGAUAAUCUUUCGUCUCUUCGUGAACUGGAUUUGUCUGAUAAUAUCAUUAAUGCUCUCCGACCCAACAUGUUCCGCGGCGCCAUAAAUUUGAGCAAACUGAAUCUCGCUCGUAAUCCAUUGAGAACAUUGCAAGUAACGCCGUUCCUGGACCUUCCAAGUCUCACCAAGCUGGACGUGAGCCGAUGCAAUCUUGAGCGCGUCUGGAGUGAAGCUAGAGUGCCGUUGAAGAGUCUUCGAUUCCUGUCGGUUCGUGAUAAUUUUCUACGACGAAUCACCGUCGAGGAACUGAGGGCCACACCACAUCUCACCGGUCUGGAUUUGUCUCAUAAUCCCUUGGAUUGUGACACCGAGUUCACUGAAGCUGUGCAAUGGCUUACCGAUCAUGGUGUUGCACCUACAGAGGUACUUGAGCUUAUCAGUGAUAAAUAUGACGAUAUUGAAGAUAUUGAUAACUUUAUGGACAUCAACCAAUGGACAGAUUUGGCAAAGAUAAUUUGCGAUGGAAUCGAUGAUGGUCCACCAGCUAGAUCACCUCCUGGCAAAAGCACACAAAAAGAUACUCUUCUAAAUAUUGAUAUUGUAGAGGACUCCGAUCCCUUGUUGAAACAUGAACUCGAUAACGAUGAGAAACUGAACAUCGAUCACGGCAUGCAGCAUAUCGAUGAGCCGCGACUUACGCAGGAUCAAGAAUACGACGAAGACUUCGCAGUCACCACGCAAUAUCACACUUGGUACAACUGGAAACCCGGUUUCAAAGUCUGGUUGGUUUCCGGCACUGUUCUGUCUGUUCUGGUAAUCUUCCUGUUGGUAGCUCGCCUUGCCUGCUGCUUGGCGAAUAAACGAGGACGAGGUCCUGUAAUCAGGCCACCCAUGAUUCUUCGUCAGGGUCUGGUUGACAACAAAAACUGCGGUUUGGUGUAUAAACCUUUGCAAGAAGAAAUAGCCACGCCUCACAUGCCAAAACGCGGUAGCUUCUACUCGAGCAGCACCUUCCAUUACGAUAAAAUCGUACCAGAGAGUGUAUAAGAGAACUUGUUUCCUGAUUAAUCAAUUGACCCAUUACUGGGCAAUCUACCGAUGUGAUUGGUUGUGAACAGCGAAUCGUAGAAAAUCAUUUUGCGCUGUUCUCGCGAAUCAAAAGAAGUUCUCAGACUGUUAUUGGGUGAACGACGAAGCCAAUAAAUAAUUAGGCAGAUUCUUUUGACCAUAUAGCUUGUAAUAUAUAAUCCUGUUGGUAAAUUGUUAUAAUUCGUUUUGAUUGAAAGAAUAUAACUGAGCAUUUAAUUCGAUCUCCUAGAAACGAAUACGACUGAUCGUGACAAAUAUUUCUUCUAGGCUUUGUCGUGUUCUCAAAGUUUACAUAAAACACGUGAUUAAUAAGCAUUUGUUAUUAUUAACUCAAAUUAAUUGUUAUUAUUAACUCAAAGAUGCCUGAUAGAAACGAAUAGUUAUAAUACAUCUUAAAAUAACGGAUAGUUAUAAUAUAUCUUAGAUAUAUAAACUGCAGUACUGUGUUACAAUCAUAUGUAAUUAUGUAGCUUUUUGUAAGAAACAAAUGAAAAAUUAGAUUAUUUUUUACAAAAAGUAGAGUUACGGAAAAAUACAACAAUGUACUUAUUAUUUAUAAGCUCAAAGUAAUAACAGCUUUACUUGAGUAAUAACAGCUUUACUUAAGUAGCGGAUUUUUAAGAAUAAUUCGAAAAA